AUGCAAACAAUUGUUGAUAAUUGGGCAGCUAUAUUAAUCAAAGGAAUUUUGUGGGAUGAUGCUGACGAGGAAAGCAUCCCAAGAGUAACGAUGAAUACAUGGGACCCAGAUGAUGUUAUGUUUGGAAGUCCAAUGCUUUUAGAUUCUCGUAAUAUUUAUUUACUUGAAUCAUAUUUAAUAUCAAAUGAUAUUGAAUGCCGUGUAAAUGAUAAUAUGUUAUAUGCAUUUUCAAAUCCAAUAUCAUCUUAUGAAAAUAGUUGGCAAACAAACGAUCUACAAACAGAUUCAAAUAUACAUUAUUAUAGAUCAACAAAUACUCAUGCUUUAAAUAUUUAUGAAGAUGGAGCUAUCAAUGGAAUGGAAGUGAAAAUUUUAGUCGUUUAUAAAACGGAUAAUGAUUUUAACGGUUUUAUUAAUUAA